AUGCCAUUUUCACGCUCACUUACCGUCGUCGGCUGUCAUGCAGAAGGCGAAGUGGGAGAUGUCAUCACCGGCGGCGUUCUUGACGUCCCUGGAAAAACAAUGCAAGAAAAGCUCGUCCACAUGUCCACCAAAAAAGACCACUUGCGCCAACUCCUCCUCAAUGAACCACGAGGCCGAGCAUCAAUGAACACGAACCUAGUUCUUCCUCCCUGCGAUCCAGGAGCUGAUGCCGGAUUCCUGAUCAUGGAAAGCGAGGAAUAUGCACCCAUGUCCGGAUCCAAUAUCAUUUGCACCACGACCGUUGUGUUGGAAACUGGCAUGAUUCCCAUGAAGGAGCCCAUUACCGAGAUUGCUUUAGAUACCGCCGCCGGACUGGUGACAGUCACCGCAGAGUGUGAAGCAGGGAAGUGCAAAACCGUCGAAUUCAACAACGUGCCAUCCUUUGUCCUCGAACUCGACUUUAAAGUUCCUGUUCCGGGACUCGGGGAUGUGACUGUCGAUAUCGCCUAUGGAGGCAUGAUGUAUGUUCUGGUUGAUGCCGCGUCCCUGGGCUUACGGGUCGAGAACCAAAAAUCACAAAGGCUAGUGGAGGUCGCAGAGCGGAUCAAGCGAGCCGUUGAAGUAGUUUACACUCCUGUUCAUCCCGAGAAUGCUGGUAUAACGGGGUUUAGUGUACUUGCAUUCACAGAACCCUUAAAGACAGAAGAGGGAUGCAAGGCUGCUGUCAAUGCCGUGGUAGUCUCCCCAGGACGUUUUGAUCGCAGUCCCUGUGGAACUGGAACGUGUGCCCGGCUAGCAGUUCUACAUGCUCGAGGGCAUAUUAAGGAGGGGGAGACUUUCAAACAUCGGGGUAUUCUGGGGACAGAAUUUAUCUCUCGGAUUCGUGGCACGGCAAAGGUGGGGAAGUACUCUGCUGUCCUGCCUACUGUCAAAGGUCGGGCUUGGAUUACUAGUUUCAAACAGAUUGUUUUGGAUGCAACGGAUCCGUUUCCAGAAGGUUUUCGUGUUGGUGAUCAGUGGCACAUGCCGCCAAAUUAG